UUGGCUGUUCUAAACGGCCAGAAGUGCGCUUAACUAAUAAUUGCAACGAAUAUUACGCAUACGCAGAGUGGUCAAAGAACAGAGUGCUGGUUGACGAAGUGUUACAACAAAAAUGGAACAAAAUAGUGAAAUACGUGAAAACUAUGGCCAUAGACGUCAGCCAGCCUUGGGCAAGGCCAUGCCCGUAACAGCCCUUCUGUUAAAUCUAGAGGUCAAUCCCUUGGAUUAUAGGAGAAGUGAUGGAGGAUCGGAGGCUCUAGAAGAAGAUGAUAAGCCACCACAGUUGUUUAGUGUAACGGAUGAGCCACCCUCGCCCAAUGAAGAGGCCUUUAAGCCACCCAACCACUAUUCGGAAGAUCAAAAACUGGCUGGCGAUUCGCACAGGGAUAUUCCCUGCUCAAAUUGCCUGCGAAUGGCACCCGAUCACCUGACCGAUCGCAGCUCGGCCCUUAAUGAGAUGUGCCAGCGCCUGUGUGGUCCCGAGUGCAGACAACCUCAAGGCCUCACGCUCGAUGGAUUUCGCCAGGAUUUCCUCAGGCAAUACGAGAUCGCGGAAGCUGUUGCCAAGACCUCGGCCAUGACCUCCACCGUUCAGAUGAAACAGCGCCUGGCCGCACGCAAACUGGAAAUCGAAAAGGAAAUGGAUGACCAAAUGGGCGUGGCCGGCCCCCGUAUCGAUAUCAAUCUCGGCCAGAGUUCCGCUGAGUUUGAGUUUGAGCCGCCCCGCGAUCUGCUCUUGUAUCUGGUGAGAAUGGGCUCGUUCAAUUCGGCGCCCAAAAUCAACAACGUGGACUCACAGGACGAUGGACUGGAGUUUCCCACGGGUUUGAGCACUUCGGCUCUCCUUCAGCAUGUCCAGCAACUGCGGGGCGGUGGAAUCGAACAGCCCUCGCUGCUCACCCGCGGCUUUCUGAAACCGCUUCUGAGGGAUGACGAUGUAGCGGACGGGCUGCGCUGCCUCCAGCUCAAUUCCGUAUCGAGAGUUUGCAGUGCGCCAGUUGAGGGCGACGCAUCGCAGAAUAUUCGAUUGCUGCAGUGGAACAUUCUUUCGCAGACUCUCGGUCAGCACAACGAUGGAUUCGUGCGUUGUCCCGACGAGGCGCUAACCUGGGAGCAUCGCAAGUACCUGAUUGUCCAAGAGAUCCUACAGAACCAGCCCGAUGUGAUUUGUCUGCAAGAAGUAGACCACUUCAAGUUCCUGCAGACGGUUUUGGGUAGCCAAAAUUACGCUGGCAUCUUCUUUCCGAAACCGGAUUCGCCGUGCCUGUAUAUCGAGCAGAACAACGGACCCGACGGCUGCGCCAUAUUCUACAAGCGGGAUAAGCUGCAGUUGCAAGGAUACGACACCAGGAUACUGGAGGUGUGGCGGGUGCAGAGCAACCAGGUGGCCAUCGCCGCACGGUUGCGAAUGCGCUCCAGCGGACGCGAGUUCUGUGUGGCAACCACCCACUUAAAGGCCCGGCACGGUGCCCUUUUGGCCAAGUUGCGGAACGAACAGGGCCGGGAUCUCAUCCGGUUUGUGAAGCAGUUUGCGGGCGAAACUCCUCUGCUGCUGUGCGGCGAUUUUAACGCUGAGCCCGUAGAGCCCAUCUACGCCACGAUCCUGGGCUGCGAUCUUCUCCGACUGGGCAGUGCCUAUGCCGAUGUGAAGCUGGACCGCGAGGAGAUCCUGCAGCCCAGCGCGGAUGUGGGCGAGUUCGUGUCGGAGUCGAUGAAACGAGAGCCACCCUACACCACCUGGAAGAUACGCGAGGAGGGAGAAGAGUGUCACACCAUCGACUACGUAUUCUACACACCUGAUCGUCUCAAGAUCAAAAACUGUCUAGACUUUCCGGCCGGCGAACAAAUCGGCAAGAACCGCACUCCAAGCUUCCAAUAUCCAUCGGAUCACUUCUCCCUGGUGUGCGACUUCGAACUGCUACCUUCAAUGGAUAAUGGAAAGGAAAGCGAUGGAGAAAAAGGAACGGAAACGAAGGGUGGCAAACAUGGAUCUAUUCAAUAGGGGACUCCAGUUUCAGAACUCACCAGGAAGAAAGCAGAAGUUUCAAUUUCAUUACAUCGAUUGUGAUAUUAGUUGUUAGAUACAUUUUAGCCUCAUACACGAGCGUUGCACUACAGUUUGCAGCUUUUACAAAUGGUAAUCCACAAUUCACAAUAAAUAAAUUACAUAAUAUGGAAGAAA